AUUUAACCCCGCAAAAGUGAAAAGCCUUACACAAAAAUAGCCUAAUCUUCUGUGUGGAACGGAGUGGAGUCUCUUCAAAGUUCAAAAACAGGGAGGGAGCUGAAACUAACGAGACAGGGAGCCUGGCAAAGUCGGGUGUGAUGAAUACCUUGUUUCACGCAUGUUCUGCUGCUAUAGUAUCGAAGACGAGCUGUCUUGUUGGGGGCCACUCGAUUUGCAGAUUUUUAGCACUUCCAUGGAAGGUGAGCUUCAGUCAAGCCGGGAUUAGAAGAGUUCAUUUAAACUCAUUUUCGGAAAGAGUUUACGUUAGGUCUUAUUCAUCUAAAAAGUCAAGUAGGAAUAGUUCUUGGUCACAAAAGUAUGACCAUGCUAUGUCGGGAAUGGAGGACGACGAGACAAAUGCUUUCUUUGUUGUUAGAAAAGGAGAUCUCGUUGGUAUCUACAAACGUUUGAGUGAUUGCCAGACUCAAGUUGGAUCCUCGAUAUGUGAUCCUCCCGUUAGUGUGUAUAAAGGCUAUGCCAUGCCUAAGGACACAGAAGACUACCUUAUCUCUCGUGGGCUUGAAAAUGCUCUUUAUACUAUCAGAGCCCAAGAUCUAACUGAAGAUCUUUUUGGCUCUCUGUCGCCAUGCCCAUUCCAGGAUGUUUCUCUAAGAAAGGAUGCCAAGUUAGAACAUGACAGUGAGCAAGCGCUAUCAUCAGGUCAGCGCUCUUGUACUCUUGAAUUUGAUGGUGCUUCUAAAGGAACCGGACAAGCGGGGGCAGGAGCUGUGGUCCGAGCUGAUGAUGGAAGUUUGACCUGUCGGCUUCGUGAGGGUUUGGGCAUUGCAACAUGUAAUGCAGCUGAAUAUCGAGCCAUUAUUUUGGGGUUAAACUAUGCACUUAGCAAAGGAUUUACUAGCAUUCGUGUUCAGGGUGACUCCAAACUUGUUUGUAUGCAGAUUCAGGGCCAUUGGAAGGUUAAAAGCCAAAACCUUUCAAUCCUGUGUGGGCAGGCAAAACAACUUAAGGAUAGAUUUCUUUCCUUCCAAAUCAUUCACGUUCUGCGGAAAUUCAACUCUGAUGCCGAUGUACAGGCAAACUUGGGCGUUGCACUUCCUGAUGGCCAAAUUCAAGAGGAGAUUGAAAACUAAUUACAUUAUUGCUGGAAAAAAAAAAACAAAAAA